CAAGGAAUUUGUCUUGGUGCAUAUGCUCUCAGUGUACAUAAAAGAAAAGACACGUCCAUCAAGGUACAACAUCUAUAACACCAAAAAAAAAAGUGUGCAUAUGCUGCUAAAUUCCAAUGAUCUCAAAAAGAUAUUUAAAUAUAUGUAAAUAGAUUAGAUAUUUACCUUAUAAAUUAUGACAAUAAGUUAACAAUGUUUCUUUUCAAACCAUACUUGAAUUAUGAUAUAUUUGUUAUUUGAAACCUGCUUUCUCUGCAUCAUGUUAUUGAGAUACAGGUAAGUUUGACUGAUUUAGAUUCAUCUUCUUCUACAUUAAUAUAUAAAUAUUAUUGAACUGUUUCGAUGCUAAUCAACUUUAUUUUAACAAUAGUUUAAUUCAUGAUAUCUAUUUUUGUCAGAAAUGCCAAAACAAUAUGAAACUAAUGUUUUUAAAAAUAAUUAAAGAAAAAUAUUUUUAAAAGUCCAAAACCAGACAGCAUAGAAAUAAAUUGUUCUGUUUGUAUCCACUUAUUUGAUGUAGUUUCUUGUCCCAUCCAAAACCUUUAUCACUUCACUAUUGCAGUUAGUAUUAAAGCAUGGAAGUAAUUAGUAAUUUAUAAGAAAACUUAAGCCUUUACCAUUUAUGGCUUUAUUUAGACAAAAUCUUAUCUUAGACAAAACCAGCACAUCAAAUUGAAUCUGAGUGCAAAUGGCAGAAACUAGAUAAAAAUUAUCUGCUGUUCUCACGCCUUCUGAGACAGUCAACAGUUUUAUGCUAGCUGAUGUUUCUCAUCUAGCAAGAACAUUAGAGUGCCAAAUACCUGUGGUUUUUUAAAUCCAAUCACUAAGGAAAUGCGUGAAGCCAUAUAUUUGUCUGAUGAUGUUACCUAAAUCUUUGGUUCCUAAAAGAAUCAACAACCCCACUCUCCCCCCUCUUUAAAAAAAAAGAGUGGGGGAUAUUAUACCUUCUGUGGUAUAUGAAGCUCUGUGCUUUCUUUCCAGAAUAAGCCAACUGGACCCUGAGCUAGGCCAGAUAGAUAAAAACAUCCAUUGUUUAUGCAAAAGAUGCUAUUCUGAUCCAGAAUAGCACUACAAUGUAAAUAUUAUCAUUGGGCUGUAAAGCUGUGUCCAAGAUCAGUAUUUCUAGUACACAGAAAAAUCACAUAAUGUACAACCCUUCUAUGCAUAUCAGAGAGGGUCUAGCACUGGGCAGCAGAAAAGGAGGACAUGCCAGUCUCCAUGCUAAGUAAACUGAGGCAAAUGGAGCUGAGCACCUCAGCAACGGGUUUCCUAGAGACCAGGAUUGAAACAGCCUCUGAAAUGUUUAGGCUCAGGACCAAAACAAACAUAAAUGCUUGUACAAAUUAUGUGGAAUAUAUAUUCUGGUUUAGGCCUCGCAACUGCAACCACUGCUCAAUGCCUAGUAGUAGAAAAUAUUGCCAACAGCUCUACUUAUUAUUUGGUUUUAUAACUGAAUUCUAUCUUGAUGGAACCCAGAUACUGAUAAUUUAAAUGAAAAUGUUUAGAAUAUUAAACAUGAACAACCUUUGCCUUAAUUGGAGCAGAAGAGUUUGAAAUAAUCUUCUUGCAGAAGAUGCAGGACUGCUUUUUGUUAUGAUGUUUGUCUCUGAUGGGAAAGGUAUAUUUCCCAAACCAAACAUUUCAGGAGCUCCAUAUAUGUUCCUCAAUCCAAUAAGAUUAGGAUAAUUUCUCUUGAUUAAUCCAGUGUGCAUCUUUCCUAGAGAGGAGACCUUGUUCCAAACCAACUAUAGGUAUUCCUAGAUUUAUGACCAUUUGUUUAAGUAGUUCAAAAUUACAAUAGCCUUGCAAAAAGGGACUUAUGAUUUGUACGCACCACUCCCAGUCAUUGAUUGCAAUUUGGGCAUUUGUAACCAACUUGCAUUUACAACUGAUUGUAACAUCCUACAGCCAUGUGAUUUGUGAUCUUUUUUGCCAAUUUCUGGCAGAAAAAUGCCCAUUGGAGAAGCUGGAUUUGUUUAAUGGCUAUAUGAUUCACUUAACAACUGCCAUAAAAAUUAUCAUAAAAUGGGGCCUGACUCAAUUUAUGAUUGCAACAAAAAUUCCAGUCCCAAUUGUAUGUUGUAAAUUCCAUAUUUCAUGUAGGACAAAGUGGGAGAUUAUUUUUUUGCUUUUAUACAAUUCUUGCAGUUUCAAAAGAAAAAAAAAUGAACAAGCAGAGAUAAUAACACGGCUCCCAUUGACUUAAAUAUUCUGGAAAGCCUAGUGGACCAAAUAUCCUAUCUAAACAGAAAGCUUGUAUCUCUACCAAGAAGAGAGUGAAUGAUCUUUAGAAAGCCUCAUUCUACCCCACGCCUAUCAUCUCCUGCCAUUUCUCCAACCUAAGGGCAGCAGUGGCUUACUCAUGAGUGGGCAUCUAAAAAAGGUCUCAGCAAGUGAUGUCUAUACACAGCCUUUAAAGUCUAACGUUGGGACAACAGAGUUUGGAUCUAACAGAGCUUUAUUUGCAUGAAUAAACUGGAUUACUAUUAGAGAUUAUAGAGGUUAAAAAAUCACUGCCCCAAAUGCUUCAUUGCUCAGAUCUUAUUAAGUGAACAUGCAGAAGCUUCCACAAGCUUUAUCAAAUUAUUUAUUUAUAAUUUUGCAUGGCAAAAAAUCUAUUUAUUUAUUUAUUUUGCAUGGCACAACAGAGUAGCUGACACCAUGUCCUUACUGUUGCACAAUGCAGAAGACUGUUCUUGCCUAAAACCAAGUAAAAUGAGUGUCCCUCAAGGCCACACGAAAAACCAAAACCCUGGAACGACAUACAGAAGAAGGCAUAAGCAUCUUCAGAGAUCGACUCCCAGGUGUAUCAUGCAGAAACGCACUAUUCUGGUAAGUUCAAAGGUAAUGACAGGUAUCUCUGCCGGGGGCGGCGCCAGGCGGUCCAGCGGAAGAAAGACUUGGAUCCUGGGCCUCGGAAAAGUGCUGCCUGAAGGGCGAGCCGUCUUCUUUCCUCCCCCUCCUUUGCGGCACUCUUGGGUCCCAAUAACUUGAGACCGGCGAAUCUGAACAGUAGAGCGACGGAGCAGCAGAUCUCUCGGCCAGAGGAGCAGCAGCAGCAGCUUCGAAGGAAGCGCGUGCACUUCAGCAGCGCGUGGCUCAGGUUUCUUGACUAGCCUUGGCCCGGGCCCGGCGCGCGAGCCUCCCGUCUCGCGUUUCCUCGCGUCUUUGGGGAAAAGUCUACGAGGCGAGCGGCUACUUGUGGGAAAGUGCAGCACAGACGAAGGAAGAGGAGGAGGGAAAGGCGGCGAGGCAGGGAGGGGUGAGAACUCAAGAAACACACGACCCGGGCGCCUUCCGUCCUUUCUCUUUCCUUCCCUCCCUUUCCUUCCCUCACCAGCCACUCGCUCUCAGGCAGAGGGCGCUUUAGCCAUGCCCGCCCGCCCCUGCGGUUACCGCUGCCGCACAGCUCCACGCGUUGGAGAAGCUCCCGCUGCCCGUCCUCUGCUAGCGCGGCUGCCACUGACAAGGCACCCGAAGAAGCGAGGAGGGAACUGAAGCCGGCUGCUGCCCCUACCCAGCUGGCUGGCAUAGAGCCCCCUGGCGGGGCCGGGGGCUGAAGAGGACACUUUCCACCUUUCUUUUGCCUCGGAAACUCCGUUGACCUCCCUUAGCUGCCGGGGGAACCCGGUUCGGAUGUCCGGUUUCUUAAGGUCCCUUUUUUCCUAAUCAACUCCACGCAACUUUGGAAGAAGACAAACGGGAGGGGGAAAAAAGAAAACGCGACCGCAAAGCAAGCCAGCGGGCCAGCCAGCCAGCAGAGAAGGGGCGGGAGGGGAUUUCGUGGCCCCUUCCUUUGCUCCAUCCCGGGGAACCCGCUGCUUAAAGGUCUGCCAAGCGAGUGCCAGGAGUGGAGGGGAGCCCCACAGCGUCAACCACACGCUGUCUUUACGGCUUCUGCGGUCGCGCUUGCCGCCUUUUGCACAAUGCACUUGCUGGGAUUAUUCUCUUUGGGUUGCUAUCUGGCUGCUACUGCUGUCGUGCUGUUAGUCGCUCGCGAGCCCGCGAUAGCUGCUGCCUACGAAUCCGGGCAGGGCUACUACGAGGAGGAGCCCGAUUUGGGGGAGGCAAAGAACAUUUCCAUACCUGUGGACACUUCAUUUGCUGUUGUUCUUUGCUGUCAGUUUAAAGUGGAGAUAUGCCAUCCUGCUGAGGGAGCAGUGGGACUAGUACUAGGAUUUGAAAUUCCAGCAUCUUCAAAUUAUGCAAAUAAAGAGUUGGAAGAGCAGUUGCGGUCAGUAUCAAGUGUGGAUGAACUCAUGACCGUACUUUAUCCAGAAUAUUGGAAAAUGUUUAAAUGCCAGCUGAGGAAAGGGGGUUGGCCACACAGGGAGCAAGCUAACUUUGAUGGAAGAAUAGGGGAUUCAAAUCCAAUAAAAUUUGCUGCAGCACAUUAUAAUACAGAAAUCUUAAAAAAUCUGGUUGACAUCAUGGAAAAUAUUAUUUGGAAAAAUUCUACAUUAAUGAAUUUAGAAUUUGUGCUUCUGAUAUUCACUUUUAGACAAGAAUGUUACAUUUCAGGUAUUGAUAAUGAGUGGAGAAAAACUCAAUGCAUGCCACGUGAAGUAUGUGUAGAUGUGGGAAAAGAAUCUGGAGCAACAACAAACAUCUUCUUUAAACCUCCAUGUGUGUCCAUCUACAGAUGUGGAGGUUGCUGCAAUAGUGAAGGCCUGCAGUGUAUGAAUAUCAGUGCAAGCUACGUCAGCAAAACGUUGUUCGAAAUAACUGUGCCCCUGUCUCAUGGACCCAAACCUGUAACAAUCAGUUUUGCCAAUCAUACUUCCUGCCGGUGCAUGUCCAAACUAGAUGUCUACAGACAAGUUCAUUCAAUUAUUAGACGUUCCUUGCCAGUGAUACAAGCACAGUGUCAAAUAACAAAUAAAACCUGUCCAAAAAGUCAUAUUUGGAAUAAUCAUUUAUGCAGAUGUCUGGCACAACAUGACUUCAGUUUCUCCUCCUAUCCACCAGAUACUGAUACUGCUGAAGGAUACCAUGAUAUCUGUGGGUCUAACAAGGAACUUGAUGAAGAAACCUGUCAAUGUGUCUGUAAAGGAGGAGUGACACCUUCUAGCUGUGGAAUUCACAAAGAACUAGACAGAACAUCAUGUCAGUGUACAUGUAAAAAUAAACUGCUUCCUAGCUCUUGUGGACUCAACAAAGAGUUUGAUGAAGAAAAGUGCCAAUGUGUGUGUAAAAGAACAUGUCCUAAACACCAGCCAUUAAAUCCUACAAAAUGUAUUUGUGAAUGUGUAGAAUCACCAAACAAAUGCUUCUUGAAAGGAGAAAGAUUUCACCACCAAACAUGCAGUUGCUACAGACGACCAUGUACUGUUCGAAAGAAACGCUGUGAUUCUGGAUUCUAUUAUAGUGAAGAAGUUUGUCGUUGUGUACCCACAUACUGGAAACUACCACUUAUCAAUUAGAAAAGACAAUGUCAUUUGAUGUACAUUUUUUCCUGUUUCUACUUUUAAAAAAACUGCUAUCGUGUGGAUUUACAAUGCAGAAGAGACAUUAUAACAUUAUUGGAAACAGACACAUUUUUACUCUGAGACACAUGGGAAGUAAUUUUUUUUAAAAAACUGGGAUUUUCUUCAUUAUGAAGAUUAUAAUUUGUCAGUGAUGAAGCAGACUAAAUUUUCUUCAUUGUGAUUUUUUUAAAAAAAAGAUAAUGAUUACAUAAUUUAUUUUCUUUUAAAGAUACUGUAUGCAUUCCUUUUUUUAUACCGGAAACAAUUUUUAAAUUUCACUGUGAUCAAUAUUUUUAUAUCUUGCAAAACAUGUUUUAAAUAAAAUUGAAGUGUAUUAUAUAUUGUUUGAGAAAAUGCAGCAUUCUGUCUUGUUACUAUGUUUAAAUGUAAUUGAUAUAACAGAAUAACAGAGUUGGGAGGAAUCUUAGAGGUUUUUUAGUCCACCCCCUGCUCAAUCAGAGAUCCUAUACCAUUUCAGACAAGUGGUUUAAAAACUUCCAAUGAUGGAGCACUCACCACUUUUGAAGGCAAGACAUUCCACUGAUUAAUUGUUCUAUCUGUAAGGCAAUUUCUCCUUAGUUUUAAGUUGGUUGUGUCCUUGAUUAGUUUCCAUCCAUUGCUUUUUGUUCUGCCUUCAGGUGCUUUGGAGAAUAGGUUGACCCUUGCCCCCUUCUUUGGGUAGCUUCUCAAAUAUUCGAAGACUGGUAUCAUGUCACCCCUAGUCCUUCUUUUCAUUAAACUGGACAUAUACAUUAACUACAACUGUUCUUCAUACGUUUUAGCCUCCAAUUCCCUCAUCAAUUGUGCUGCUCUUCUCUGCACUAUUUCUAGUCUUAAAAAAAAUUUUUUUAAUAUUGUGGCAACCAAAACUACAAGUGAAUAUGUUGCACUAAGUCCUUCUCUAAGACUCCUGUUUAGAUACUGAAGAAAGACUCUGAGAACAUAGUAGUAUAAAUAUGUAAAUUACAAAAUAAAGUACAAAUAUUUUGUACUUUAAAGAUGAUACAAGAAAUAAGUGUGAAACACAGUACUAGAUAUAUUUGUGGCAAAUAUAUUUAAAAGUAUAAGGUGCCACCACAACAUCCCAAACUUUUCAAUUGGGGAGAGACCAUUAUUUCUUGAGAGAUAUUUUAAUGUUGAACAGCUCUUAUCAAUGGAAGUAUUUAAGAUUUAAUUGAAAUCCCAUUUCGUUUCAGUCACACAAAAAACAAAUUUAGUCCAUCUUCUAUUUUUGAUGUAUACUACAUCAAAGCUUACUUUUGUGGGUCUUGUUAAUUUCUUUAUUAAGCAAAGUCAUCUCACUAAUAAUGAUUUAAUCAUAAUUUUGUUUUAUUUUGUAAGAUUUUGGCCAAUUCAUUGUAAUUUUGGAUGUCAGUUAUCUCUAAUGCCUCCACCCACCCCUGUCUAAAAGCUGCAAGUCCCUGAUUGGUGGUGUACUUUUAAACAGGUGUACAAUUAAAUCUUAUAUUCAUUAAUGUAUGUUAGCUCAUUGAUGACUGCUUUAUAUGAGUUCAUACAUUAAUUUUCAGCUUAUCAACAAAACCAAAUGGAGCAGACUAGACAGAAGUAAUUUGGUUGUAUAAUCUCACUUCUUUCUUCCCAGUUUUUAUAUGACAUGAAGCAGUAAUCAUUUAAUAACCACAGUAAGAUUCAGGGAAUACCAAGGCCUAACAUUCUGUUUUCAUUCAUUUGAGGUUAUACACAACAUUCUAUCCAUAUUUUAAUUAUGAGAAAGCCAAAGCUGGAAUUAUGCCACAUAGAAGAAUUCAUUCCAUGAAAACUCUAAUCACAAAAGAUGCAGACCAGUAAGAAUGAAUUAUGACCAGUGCAUAUUUUUAACAGUUUUUUAAAAAGCACAAUUCUGUGUCCUGUUCUAUAGAAUCUCUUGCAUUCUAUAGAAAUCAGCUUAACCAAUCAUGGACAUCUUCUGGACAUUUUGCAAAGACAGUAAAACAAGCAACAUUUUAUAGCAUUGCUACAAUGGCGAUAGAAGAACUACAUGGGAAAGAGAAACAUGGACCUUAAAGAUGCCUACAAGGAUAGGAAUUAGUUUCUGGUAAAAAGCCUUAUCAGUUCUUAAAUGUUGCACAUGUGCUGCCCUAAGGUCAUAAAUGACAAAAGAUAUGCACCUUUUUAUGGCAGCAUUUAACAUGAGAAAGCAUUUGUUACCAGGCCUUCUCUGCUCUUUUAAGUAUAGCUAAUAGCCAACAUAACAAAGUAUGUCAGGCCUUUUUAAACAUUCAUAUAAAAGACAUUAAAUCUUAUCCACGCUCAGCAACAGGAAAUUAAUGUGGUGUUUCAAUGUAUCUUUGAGGGAAUUACUAGUAAAAGCUGAAUGCUUACUAUUAUAAAGCCACAUUGAUGGUUUGAUUGGCUGCUAUCAAUUAAGAAAACCAAGUUCCAAUCUCAGUAAAUCUGAUCAAAAUGGAUUUUUAAUUAAAAAUUCAGUCCAGAUGUUCAGAUAUUAUCAUAUCCUCAUUUGCUCAUUCUUUAUGAUGCCAUAUUGAGAUUAACUGUGUUUGCCAACUUUACAUUCAUUUUGUAGUUUACCAAACAAUUUUCUGGUUUUUAUUUAUUUUUUGUUAUUGUUCCUCUAAAAAGACUGAUUCAUCCACUUGCUUCUGUAUUCUCUGCUUUAAAAAAACUUAAAGCCUUCAGAUAUGAAGAGACAUGCAUGUUUUCUCAUAAGGCAUCAUACAUUCAAAGUGUGUUUGGUUUAAGUGCUGAGUUCAAUGUAUGUGGGUUGUAGAGCUGAAUUCCAAAAGCAGAGUAAUAAAAAAGGCUGA